CCCAUUGACGCCACGAUCCGUUGGAAGCACCAGCAGACAUGGAGUUGAGACUUCCAUCUUGUCUAUGGUUAACGCUCCUCACCAUAGCAUCUUUAGCAAAGGGAGAGGAUGUGCUGGUGACUGUCAAGCAAGGAGUGCUAAGGGGGACCACAGCCACGAGCGUGUACAACGUGUCUUACACGUCCUUUGUGGGCAUCCCGUAUGCUACGCCGCCAUUAGGGAAACUCCGGUUCCAGGCUCCGCAACCGGCAGCAAACUGGGAAGGAAUACUCAACGCCACCGAGUACGGCAGUGACUGUGUCCAGGAAAGCGGCAGCGGCUCCGAGGACUGCCUCUACCUGAACGUGUACGUGCCGGGUGUGCCGGAGGAGGGCGCCCAACUGCCCGUCAUGUUCUGGAUUUACGGCGGAGGGUACAGAGUCGGCAGUGGUUCUGGAAAAAUGUCCAGCCCAGAAUUUCUCGUCUCCUACGGCGUUAUAUUCGUCGCUUUGAACUACCGCCUGGGACCGCUUGGUUUUCUGGGAACGGGAGACGCCGUCGCACCUGGCAACGCGGGACUCAAGGACCAGCAGCUGGCGAUGGCCUGGGUGCAGAAUAACAUCGCCAGCUUUGGCGGCGACCCGCAGCGAGUCACGAUUUUCGGACAAAGCGCCGGUUCCAUGUGUACCUCAGUGCAUUUCGUCUCACCCCUCUCGUCAGGUCUGUUCUCACAAGCCAUCCUUGAGAGUGGGACCGUUAUAACGGAACAUCCUCUGACAAUCGCAGAAGCCCGGAACCAUUCUUUCGGACUGGGUGCCGCCCUCGGCUACGAAACGGACGAUUCGCAACAGCUGAUCGACUUCCUACAGUCUGUGAGCGCUGAAGACCUCGUGCUGGUAGACGACUCACUCAUCAUGCCACACCAGCCAAUAAUAGGCCUCUUAUGGGGACCAACCAUCGAGCCAGACUUGGAGGGUGCCGUCCUCUCUGAAUCCUACAUUCAGAGGCUUAUCGACGGCCGUUUCAACAACGUCUCUGUCAUGGCGGGCACAGUUUCUGAUGAAUCCGGAGACGAAAUUAUUCGGGAUUCGGAAGCGAUCGCCAGUAUGAACGAAGACUUUGUGGCUGCGAUAGGUCCCUUACUACAUCUGCCUACCGUGGAACAGCAAACAGAGGCCGCUAAAAAAUUGAGGGACUUCUACUUCGGCAACGACACCAUUUCAACAGACAAUCCAGACCCUCUGGUUUACUUCUUCGACGACCUCAAAUGGUUCGACCCUAAUGAUGGCUUCAUUAGAACCGCUGCCGAGCUCUCCAACAAGCCAAUUUAUUCCUUUGUAUUCGACUACAGAGGAGAAAAUAUUCACACAAGUCAGUGGGGUAAGUACAAAAAUCACAAUUCUACAUAUACCUGCCAGUGA